AUGCUGCAGUACGGUGAUGGCGCCUUUGGAGGUUCUGUGCCCGGUCAUCGUGUGGCCCAUAUCCCAGCCUUUGAAAGGACGACAGUGUCGUGCCCAAAUCCCCAAUUGAGCUGCCAUAACACGACUGCAGUAUCCAACACCUGCUGCUUUAAUGCCCCAGGUGGCCAGCUUCUGCAGACCCAAUUUUGGGAUACCAGCCCCUCAACUGGCCCGUCCGAUUCCUGGACCAUUCACGGACUGUGGCCCGACCACUGCGACGGCACCUUUGACUCCUUUUGCGACGAGAGUCGCCAAUACACCGACAUUUCUGGCACUCUGCAGGACUUUGGCCGCCAAGAUCUUCUCGACUACAUGAACACAUAUUGGAAGGAUGCCGGCGGUGACGACGAGACAUUCUGGGAGCAUGAAUGGGGCAAGCAUGGCACAUGUAUCAGCACAUUCGACACCGACUGCUACGUGAACUAUCAGUCAAAGGAGGAGCUCGUGGAUUUCCUCCAGGACACUGUCAACCUCUUCAAGACGUUGCCGACUUACCAGUGGCUUGCCGAUGCCGGCAUCACCCCGUCCACCUCCAAGACCUACACCUCUGCGCAGAUUCAGUCUGCGCUCGAGAGCCAGCGCGACGGCCACCCCGUCACUUUGGGCUGCAGUUCUGGCGCGCUCGACGAGGUCUGGUACCACUUUAACGUCAAGGGCAGCGUUCAGACUGGCCAAUUCGUGCCAUCCGAUCCUGACGGAUCCAAGUCAACCUGCCCCAGCACUGGCAUUAAAUAUCUCCCCAAGUCCGGCAGCGGCGGUGGCUCAACCACCACGACCACCAGUGCGGGCACUUCUCCCACCGGCAGUCCGUUUUCUGGAAAGGGCUACGUGAAUGUCGUUAAUGGCGGUAGCCAGAAUGGAUGCCUGAUUAGCGCGGGCGUCUGGUACACUUCUGGCACGUGUGCCACGUACACUGCUUCUUCGUCUGGCUCGGGCUUCACCCUGUCCUCGUCCAAGGGCAACUGCGGCGUCGUUAGCGGUUCAUUCACUUGCGGCUCGUCCGUCAGCUCCCCUACUGUAUUUACCUCCUCCUCAUCCAACCAACUCACCUACAGCGGUAGCGCAAGCUGGUACGCCUCUAGCGUCCCGUCCGGCAGCGACCAGGAAACUGUGUACUCGUCGAGUAGCGGCCACUCUGUCACUGUGCAGCUGCAGUGGCAGAGUCUUUCUUAAUUGAGGGUCAUGAUAAUGUUCAAAUCAUGAUUCGCUAUCGCAGACGGCUGACGCUGCUAGAAGGGAAGGUGAUGAGAGCCUGUAGAUGAUACAUGGCAUUGGUAACCAAAAACAUAUAUAUUAUUACUAUUAUUACAUCGAUGAAGACGAUGAAGACGAUUAAGCUGCAACAGAUGAAUUGUGCGGAAUAUAUAGAUUAUUGCAAAGAAUAUAUAGGAUCAUAACAUUCCAAU